UAUACAACACUGAACUUACUCAGCUGAAUUUAUUUGGUGUUGUUGUUUGUAUAUCGCCUUUGUUCGCUGCUGCUUCGUCAUUAUCAGUUUUUCACAAGAGAUCAGAAUUGCAUAUGAUGUUUAAAAUACUUUUAAUUGUGGCCGCUGUCCUUAGUGGCUCUAAUUCUGAAUUGCUGCGUGUUCCCCUCACGAAAAUCAAAACCGCUAGACACCAUUUUUCCGAUGUCGGCACGGAAUUACAACAAUUACGUAUUAAAUAUGCGAAUGAUGGCGUUGCACCUGAGCCGCUAUCCAAUUAUUUAGAUGCGCAAUAUUAUGGCCCAAUUUCUAUUGGAAGUCCACCGCAAAGUUUCAAAGUAGUUUUUGAUACGGGCUCAUCAAACCUCUGGGUGCCCUCAAAGAAAUGCCACUUAACCAACAUCGCCUGUCUCAUGCACAACAAGUACGAUGCAACUAAAUCGAAAACAUACGAAAAGAAUGGCACCGAAUUUGCCAUACAUUACGGUUCUGGCAGCCUCUCGGGCUAUUUGUCAGCCGACACAGUGAAUAUUGGUGGACUGGAUAUUAAAAAGCAAAUUUUUGCUGAAGCUAUGAGUGAACCUGGUCUCGUAUUUGUUGCAGCAAAAUUCGAUGGUAUUCUUGGUUUGGCAUUUAGUUCGAUAUCUGUGGAUGGUGUUAAACCACCAUUUUACAAUAUGUACGAACAGGGUCUGAUUCCAGCACCAAUAUUUUCGUUUUACCUCAAUCGUGAUCCAGCUGCUCCUGAAGGUGGUGAAAUCAUUUUCGGUGGAUCGGAUCCAGAUCAUUAUGUUGGCGAUUUCACCUAUCUGCCUGUAACACGCAAAGCAUAUUGGCAAAUUAAAAUGGACUCUGCUGCGGUUGGCGAUUUGCAACUUUGCAAAGGAGGCUGUCAAGUGAUUGCCGAUACAGGCACCUCUUUAAUUGCUGGACCCACCUCAGAAACUACAGCUAUUAAUCAAGCCAUAGGUGGUACUCCCAUUAUGGGCGGACAGUAUAUAGUUUCGUGCGAUAUGAUACCAAAAUUGCCGGUUAUUAAAUUUGUAUUGGGUGGAAAAACAUUCGAAUUGGAAGGCAAGGACUAUAUAUUGCGUAUUGCUCAAAUGGGCAAAACAAUAUGCCUCUCUGGUUUUAUGGGCCUGGAUAUACCACCACCGAAUGGUCCACUAUGGAUUUUGGGUGAUGUAUUUAUCGGCAAGUACUAUACAGAAUUCGACAUGGGCAAUGAUCGGGUGGGUUUUGCUACAGCAAAGUAAAUUUAUUAAUAUAAAAAAAAAUCACAGUCUGAGAGGAGGGAGAAUAAUAUGAAGACAGCAAAUUGAUUAAAAAUACAUAUGUAAUAUUGUAAAUCACUAUUUUAACUGUUAUAUUAAAAGUGAUAAUGUUGUGCGCAUUGAAUGUAUUUUCAGACUUUAAAUAAAGAAAAGUGCUACAUUAAAUUAAACCACA